AAAGAGAGAGAUUUGAAGUCAGACCUGCAGCUUUAGAGAUAGACGCGAGCGAGGAGGGAGAGAUAGCACGUGGGGGCAUGGAGGGAAGGACACAGUAGCGUCAAGAAGCUGUUUCCGUGGACUGUAACUGGGGUCAGAGGCCGGGUCAGCUGGGGUUUGACUUGAUGCUAGCUGAGGGUAAGAUUGGGAUGUAAAAACGCUAAAAGUAUAAACGAAAACAAAAAAAAAAGAAACAGUUGCUGCCAACACUGUCGACGGACGUCAAAGCGCUUGAUGGCUGUUACGCAGGCUGUGCUCCCGUCCUUCAGCUCCUUCUCCAGCCUCGCUCACUCCAGUGACAAUAUGAAAGAGUGGAAGUCUGAGCGCGGCUCUCUUCCCCUGGACUCUCUGAGCAGCAAGCUGUCGCCGAGCGGCUCCGAGCAGCUGCGCGUCUCACAGCAAGCGGCCGAGGAGCUGCUGGAUGACGACAGCGAGGCGUCCUGGGACAUCGAGUUCCUGUUGUCCGACUGGAGCAGCCCCUCGCCCGACCUCAACCCCUCUCUGGACAGCGGCGACCAGCAGCUCGCGCGGCUCGAUCCGACCUCGGCGUACCGGGAGCCGGGCGCGUUUGAGGCCCAGCCCGGGCAGGAGCACGUGCAGGCGAGCGGCGGCGGCCUCGUGGCCGAGCUGAUGGCCCCUCCGGGAAACGCGGCGACGCUCCAGACGGAGCUGUACCAUCACGCUUACGCUGACGACUACACGGCUCCAGCUUCGCUUCCGACUCUGCCCAGCGUGGAGCAGUUCAGCUUCCCCCAAGGCGGCAGAGGAGGCCAGAGUAAGGCCGUGCCCUGGGACUUUAACCCCUACUAUCCCCAGCAGCAGCAGCCCACCCCUGUGACAUACCCCAACAGCAGGUUCAUGCCCCCUGAUCCCAGACACUACAGCUACAUGCCCCACUUUAACCACAACACCAGCCUCUUCAGUGACUACAUAUCGAGCCAGGCCCCGGGCCAUCUUCCCCUUCACCAGCAGCCCCUGCUGAUCGGGCCCCCGCUGCCCCCUGCUGGGGUGGAAGGGAAGCGCGGCCGAAGGGCCACAGGGAAAAAGAGGCCAGCCAUCCACAGCUGUGACUACCCCGGUUGCAGCAAAACCUACACCAAGAGCUCCCACCUCAAAGCUCACCUCCGCACCCACACAGGAGAGAAACCCUACCACUGUUCAUGGGAGGGCUGCAGCUGGAAGUUCGCCCGCUCGGACGAGCUGACGCGCCACUACCGCAAGCACACGGGCCAGAAGCCGUACGAGUGUCUGCUGUGUCAGAGGGCGUUCUCCCGCUCCGACCACCUGGCUCUGCACAUGAAGAGACACAACUGAGGCCCACGCACACAAACACACACACACACACACACACACACACACACACACACACACACACACACACACACACACAUGCACGCACGCACACACACACACAGACACACACACACACACACACACACACACACACACACACACACACACACACACGCACACACACACACACACAUGCACACACAACAUCAAAACAAUCAAUCAAUCAAAUGUUUUAAAGGAUUGAUUGAUAUGCACUGUUAAAGAUAUUUACAACUCACCUAACAAGAUUCUAAUGAGACCAGUCUAGUGUUGCACUGACUGCUGUAAAUAAAUAGAUGAUUUAGAAUAGAUGCAGCAUGGUGCCUACAUUACCCACAAUACUACAUGUGUAAAACAGCUCAGUGUAUCAUGGCUUGAUACAAAGGCUUGCACCUUUGUCUUUAGGACCAGGUGAGGAGUGAGCCAUGCACCAGUCAUCACAGUUUCCUUUCCUUCAUACACUUCUUUAAUGUGCCAAUGUUUUUAUUUAAACUGAUACUUAAAUAUGGGGCAGUUCAUCCCAGGCUUUAACCUCAGUAGUAUCUGGGCAACCAUCAUGUACAAAUAGCUUACUUAUUGCACUAGGAGCCACUCAGGAAAAAACACUGUACACACAGAGGUCACGUAGACCUAAACACUAACAGUCCUAUAAAAGGAAUUUGUGUCACAGAGGUUAUAAUGGCUCAGUUAGCAUGGCCGCUUAACUAUACAUGUAAGAACUACUAUGGUGAUAAUGAUUGUAGCUACAAUAUUAUGAUAUUGUGUUUUUGUUGUUUCAUACAAAACUUAAAGCUGUAAAUAAUUUGCCUCUCUGUUUCUUAUGGUCUAAAGUGAUACAUAUUUAUUAAUAUGUUUUAUAUUGACAGAAGAUAAUAUUUUAUUGUAUAAAUUUUUAUAUUGUCCAAAGUACUUUAAAAGAUUUUAAUUAUUUGUAUGAAAGUCAUUCUUCCAUUAAAGAUGUCAAAUGAUGUAAA